UCACACUCAGUCAUCAUCCAGACACGUGCUGUGUGUUCCGUGUUGAAUUUUGUUUAAAGGCUAUUAUUUAGCUGCUAUUUUAGUCAAUCAAAAUGGAAAUGGGUUUAGUUUCAUUACGUUCCUCUGUCAGUGGUAAAUCGGUUUCAUUUGCUGACAUGUCACAAGAAUCUGAGGAUGAUGAAGUCCACAGGGUACCAUCUACUGGUCGUGGGAUCUUGAAGAAAUCGUCACCAAAGAGAACCAGAAUCCGAUUUCCUGUUAAAAAAUUGAAAUUCAGAAUGCUUUCUGAUUACUCGAUCGACAUUUGCAAAUUUGCGCCGGUUUAUAUGGCAGCUGUUCUCGAAUAUUUAGUAACCGAAGUUAUUUCAUUUGCUGGGGAAGCUGCCAAUGCCCGAAUGUCUAAAAUCAAACCACGUCACUUGCAGAUUGUUUUUCAAAACAACGAAGAAUUACGCGAACUUAUGACUGGCGAGGACAGAUCAAUAGCAUCCAUGCUUGAUGAACCGAGCAGCAGUGAUUAGCUGGAAAACGUUUUACAGCAAGGCCACGAGAUGAAAGCAACAUGCAAAGAUUUUAUUAAAUUUUAUAAUACUGCAAACAGCUAUUCUAUUCGUUGGCAUACAUUUUAUUUGUAUUAUUUAAAAAUAGAAGCUGUAUCGGUUUCAAACGAA